AUGGAGGGAAAUGCAACAUAUGACGGAACAGAUGUGAGAGAAGAAUUGUUAAUCCGGCGAGCAGAGUGUUUCGUUUCUAGAGCUUUGCAGAGCAAUGCAAUUUCAGAAAUAGAAUUGAGUUCUUACAUCAAUUUUCUGCUAGUGACCUGUAAUUCCCCUCGCCAUUUUGCUUCUUAUGAUUUAAUACAGCUGUUGCAAAAUAAGUUGGAAUCUUCUGGUAAUUUUACACAUCCUUCAGUCUACUUGGCUCUGUGUAAUGCUAAUGAAAAAUGGCCACAAAGAGCUGUAUCUGACCUCACAAACGUGUUGACCAGCACAUCUGAAUACCUCUUUCUCAAAGAUAUACAAUCUUUUGCAUUAAUGGCUAUCUCUUGCCAAAUGAAUUUCCUUACAACAUCCGAACAACAACGUUUAUUUCCAAUCUACAGGAAAAGUAUUUCAAACUUGAAACAGAAGCAACUAUCAGACGGUAGUUUCGGAGGUAUUCACGAAACUGCCAUUGCUGUACAGACAUUAAUAUCCAGUGGAGAUGAACUGGCAUAUGACUGGAAUUCACGUGCAACAGUCAGAUACAUAACAAAUCAACUGAGUUCGCCAAAAGUAGAUUUUCAAGCUGUCUACCUGUCGCUUCCACUGUUAAACAGAAAAAGUCUUGCUGAUAUUGCUAAAAGGAAUUGUUCAGGAAACCCGAGAAAUAAUAAUGAAGAUCCGGUGCAUGACUUCGCAGGAUCUAAAAUUGAAGUGCCAAGUGAUCAAGUUAGAUAUUCCCUUUUCAUCGGAGAUAAGAAAGAGCUGAUACGUACCAUAACCUUUCGAAUCCCUGAUAAUUUCACAGCUUAUCAAGUAAUGUUGAUGGCAGAAGUACAAGAUGUAAAAUAUAAAUUCCAGAGAAAAAGAGUAUCCGGUAAAAUAUACGUAGAAGAAAUCUCACAAAUUCAAAACGAUCCCGAAAAUGGAAAGUUCUGGCUCCUAUAUAUGGGUUCAAACAGUAGGAAGCUACUCACCCCCUACUUUAAUAAGGGUCCUGAUGAAGUUUUAUUGAAGCAUGGUGAUCAUCUAAUUAUGUGGUACAAGACUGUAAAAAUUUGACUUUUGGGACACAAAUGACUUCAAAAUUACCUUGAACUUUAUUCAAAAUUAAUCUACAGGAAAAAAAAGGAAUGUAUCACAAGAAAUAUUUCUUAGCUGGAAGAUUUUCACCAUACAUUUGCUUAUUUUUACUAAAAAAAAUAUAUAAUUCACCUUGAACACUUUGUAGAAGA